GCCAUGUGUUUGGUGUUUGUGUAUUGACGGGUGGCGUAGGACUUUGUGUGAUAAAGGUGUGCGCCGGUUCGGUAGGGAGGUGGUGGUGGUCAGUGCACUGACGGUGAUUUGUAUGCCGGGUACUUGGUACUGCCUGACGGCCAAUUAAGUGGUGAUACCUGGGUGGUGAUGGUCGUUGCCAAACUGCUGAAGCAAGCUGGUAACGGUCUGAUAUACCGGGACUAGGGCGAUUGGGCCGUAGGCCAAUGAAGUGAGUUAUGUCUAAUCAUUUAUUGUGUAUAGGAAUUGUUUACAUUGUUAUUGUUGGCUCAGAAAUAUUCAUCUAAUGUUACUACGUGAGGCUGUGUGUAAAAUUUCGUGAAUGACUCAUGCCAUGCUGCCCAUACAGGUUGAAAUAAACGAUUUGACAACGCUUGGCCUAUAUUCGUCCUACAUUUCAACUUCAAGCCAUGAAGGAGACUGAGGCUGCGCUGAAGAAGGAGCGAGGGACAGCAAGAGGUAUAUUCACACGCAAGUUUAACCUGUUCAUGGAGCGUCAUGGCAAGGGUGAUCCGUUUGAUGUUUUGGAGGCUAUCCACGGUGAAGUGGUGAGUACUUUUAGACAUUUGGAGGAGAAAUGCGAAAACUUGAUCACCUUCCUGGAAGAUAAUGACCAGAAGGAAGAGGUGGAUAUAGCACGUAAAUACUUAUUUGACUGUGAAAGUGAUCGGUGUGAAGUUUUACGCUUGUUGUCCAUCGUAAAGAAUAAGGCCACUGCCAGUGGUAAUAGUUGUCAACUUAAGGUUGAGGCACUGAAACCCCCUAAGUUUGAAGGAGAUUUCAGAGAAUAUCCUAAUUUUAAAGACGAUUUUGUCAACAUUAUUGUUUCAAAGUAUGGGAAGAAUCCCUUUGCACUCAGGCAAUGUCUGGGGGAGAAACCCCUGAAAGUCAUAUUAGGAUGUGAAAAAGACUUUGAGGAGAUGUUUAAAAGACUAGACAAAGAAUAUGGAGACCCCAGAAAAUUGGUUGAUCUUGUUAUUAGUGAUCUGAAGUCUUUAAAGGUAAUAAGAGAUGGAGAUGACAGAGGCUUCGUUAACAUGGUUAAUGUAAUAGAACGUUGCUAUUUAGACUUACAGAAGGUUAAUCUUCAGAAGGAAAUGAAUUCUGUCAGCAUUGGUAGUAUGGUUGAAAGGUUAUUGCCUAGGAUUCAGAAACGUGAAUGGGUAAUGACAGCUGACAAAAUUUCUGAUAAGAAUGAGUUAUUUCCAGAACUGCUAAAAUUCCUAUUGUGUGAGAAAAGGGUAAUAGAAUAUUCUGAAUCCAGUGUUAGAAAUAUGAAGUCAGAAACUUCAAAUGUGUGUAACGUCAGAAGUUCACAGGAAGUAGAUGAUCCAGAUUUGUAUGAUAUUGUUAAAAGAGUGCAAGAAGAUCAAAGGAGUAUGUGCAAGACAUUAGAAGAAAUGAGGGUUCAGUUUGCUAGUAACACCAUCAGUGCUAACAGAAGAACAAUUGGCUGCUAG